AUGGUUACGAAGUUUACGCGAACUUCAAUUUUAGAAGCGAUUAAUUUCGGAAAGAAUAUUUUUUAUAGAUUUUACAAAAUGUCAUUUUCUGUAGCAGAUAUUAGAUCAUUAGCCAAUUUGUUAAAACAACCAGAAGAAGAUUCUGAUAGUGAUGGGGAACAACUAUAUCAAGGCAGUGCUUCUCUUGGACCUGGUAAUAUUGGUGAAACUAAGAAACAAGAAAAGCCUACAUUUAAGAAAGAUUUAAGUCAGUCAAAAGAUAUCUGGCAUCCUGAAGAAAUCAAUGCAGGAUCAGAAUUUGAUUCACUUUCAGAUCCACGUCCGCAACCAGAAUAUGAAAUACUUUACAAACAGUCAGUAACUACAGAAGAUAUCUUUUUACAAAUGGGGAAUAAAACUCCAAAUACAAGUAGCUGUGAAAAUAUGAUUAUUAAAAUCAAGCUUCCUAAUACAGAAAUGAAAAAUAUUACUCUGGAUGUAAAAUCAAUAUUUCUAGAUGUACGGACACCUAAAUACAAACUUGGUCUACAUCUACCUAAUCCAGUGAAAGAGCAAGAAAGUACUGCACAGUGGGAUUCUGACCAAGAGUCACUAAUUGUCACUUUGAAAUUGAACAGAGAAUUUGAUUUCCUGAAUUACUGA